UAUGGCAUCACGCAAAGAAAAUCGAUCUAACCUUAAUUCAUUAAAAUCAUCAAAGAAAAAUGUUAAGAAUUGGUACAAAAAUUACUUAGAUUGGGGGAAAGCUGUUUCCUUAUUCACAGAUCCAAGGAAACUACUCCUAAUUGGGAAAGUGUUCAUUGUUUUGGAAAUAAUCUUAAACAUAUUGGUUAUCGAACGAGUACCGUACACAGAAAUCGACUGGAAUGCGUAUAUGCAAGAAGUCGAGGGCUUUUUGAACGGAACGUUGGACUAUUCGAAACUGAGAGGCGAUACUGGACCGUUAGUCUACCCUGCAGGAUUUGUUUAUAUAUUUUCCAUGUUAUACUACAUCACGGAACAUGGAACAAACAUAAAGAUAGCACAGUACUUCUUUGCAGCUCUAUACAUAAUACUACUUUUAUUAGUUUUCCGAAUUUAUGCGAAAGCUAAAAAAGUUCCACCUUAUGUUCUGAUCAUUAUGUGUUGUACGUCUUAUAGGAUUCAUUCUAUAUUUACUUUGAGGCUUUUCAAUGACCCAAUUGCAAUGGUAUUAUUAUUUGCAAGUCUUAACGCAUUUUUGGAUAAUAGAUGGUAUCUAGGAAGUAUUCUUUAUAGCUUUGCUGUGUCUGUUAAAAUGAACAUUCUAUUAUUUGCACCUGCACUUCUUAUAGCUUAUUUAUAUAAUCUAGGACCAUUUAAAACGAUAGCUCACUUGUUCGUCUGUGCUUCAAUUCAGUUAAUAUUAGGUUUACCUUUUUUACUUCAUAAUGCACUUACAUAUAUUAAAGGUGCUUUUAAUUUUGGAAGAGUUUUUGAAUUCAAAUGGACUGUAAAUUGGAGAUUCCUACCAGAGCAUGUCUUCAUUCAUCCAUAUUUCCAUGCAUUAUUAUUAUCACUACAUAUACUCUCUUUACUUUAUUGUGUACCAACAUGGAUCAGGUAUAUGAAAUCGUACAGGGAUUUGAAGCAUAUUGAAAAAGGCAUCAAAUCUCAACAAAAGAAAUUAGAACUAGAUAUGUCUAACGUAAGUCAAUUAUUCAUUCUUCCAAUGUUUGCUGCCAAUUUUAUUGGCAUUGUAUUUAGUAGAUCGUUGCAUUAUCAAUUCUAUAUAUGGUACUAUCACACAUUGCCUUAUAUUGCAUGGUGUACGAAUUAUAAGACUGCUAUUAAGUUGACCAUUUUAGGCAUAAUAGAAUUAUGUUGGAACACUUACCCAAGCACUGUUUUGAGUAGUGUUUCAUUACAUAUAUGCCAUUUAAUGUUGUUAUUUGGACUUGCUAAAAACAAAUUUAACCACGAGAAAGUGAAAUGA